GCUCUAGCUGUGAAAAUAAUAUCAUGGGCGGGGCCACGUUCCUAUUGGCCAGUCGGGUGGGUCUUGGGAGUCGAACUGAAUCAUUACACCAUUGUCCAUUCACCGGCAUUGAUGCGCUGCCUUAGUUGAGCGCGGAGACUCCAAUGUUUGGGCCUCAUAGCAUUCAUCCUGCAGUGAGAGAGGGGAUAAGAGAGCAUAUCUUGAGCUUCCCACGCCAACCGAACCACUACUCACGGAUGAAGGGAGAUGUGGAGAGGGAGUACCUGAGCCCUGAUUUGAACCUGCUCCGCAUGUACCGCCUGUACAAGGAAAACAAUCCAACAUCCACUGCAAAGUUCUGGCUCUAUAGGGACAUCUUCAAGCAGCAGAACCUCAGUUUUGGGCAGCCAAGAAGUGACACUUGUGCAAAAUAUGACGCCCUGUUCUCAAAAUUAGCAGCUGCUACAACAGAUGGAGAAAGGUCGAAGAUUGCAGCCGAGAGUGAGCUUCACCACCAGAAAGCUGAAAAAGCGUACACCCAGUUGCAGGCUGACUCAGAGUGGGCCAAAGCCAAUGAUGACUGCCAUGUCAUUUGUAUCGACAUGCAAGGGGUAGUGUACACGCCAAACCUGACACACUCCAACGUGUACUAUCAACGACAGCUGACCAACUACAACUUCUGUAUCCAGGAGAUGGGCACUGACGAUCCUCCUACAAUGUGCCUCUGGCAUGAGGGCAUCGCUCACAGAGGUUCCAUCGAGGUGGCAAGCUGUCUUAUGAAGUGGGCAGAAACAUCUUUCGCUCACCUAGUCCAGGCAAAGGAACAGAAGCUCAUCAUCUAUAGGGACCGAUGCUGAACAACAACUGGCGAGUCCUAAACCUCAUGGCCCUGCUCGUAUCUAGACGGUACACUCAGAUAGAGCAGAAGUUCAUGGUGUCUGGUCACUCCUUCCUUCCCUGUGACCGUUCCUUUGCCACGCUGGAGAAAAGGCGUAUUCUCUACACCCCCAUCAAUGUCGCCGAGAUGAUCCGUGGAGCCAGGCAGCAGCAUCCAUUCAAAGUCAUUGAGAUGAAAUCACUUCAGGCAGCUUCCUGAUGGAACACUAAAGCGUCCAUCUGGCUUCCUAAUCACAUCCAUGAUGUGGUUGAAAGUGACAGCUGCUGAUCCAUGGUGUGUCCACACAAAAAGGAUCCCCAGCCUCUACGAGGGAUGGAAGACCUGGGUGAUCACCAAACAGAGGAAGAAUCAACCACCUCCAGCUCCCUUGUUCUCCACCACGUACGCUUGACCUUAUGAGGACCCUCUGCCCGUCAAGCAGGAGAAGCACCGUGACCUUAUGACAAUGCUAGCCUACAUGCCAGCGGAGGCCCAAGCAUUUUAUGACACAUUAGAAUGUGAAGAGUAGCAUGGUAUGUGUAGGCCAUGUUCAGGGUAAGGUGGGGUAUAUUGUGUAUAUUGUGUAAAAUUAAUCAAAAUAGUAGUUGUAGGUUAUCUUGUAUGCCUGUAUUGUAUAUU